CCAGAAACCCUAGAUUUUCGUUCAUCUGCGCAAGAGGAAAGCACCUCCAUUUCUUCUGCCGCUUCAAGCCAAAUCUAAGUACGAAGCCGUUUGUUUAUCUCCGGGUUCGUCUCCUGAUCUUCGGCUUCUCAAUUUGAUCUGACAUCUAAGUUUUAUGUUGUUUCAGGAGAGAAAAUGAAGGUUGUGGCAGCUUACCUUCUCGCCGUUUUGGGAGGCAACUCCUCCCCCACCGCCGAGGACUUGAAGAAGAUCCUUGGAAGCGUUGGCGCUGAUGCUGAUGAGGAUAGGAUUGAGUUGCUCUUGUCUCAAGUGAAAGGGAAGGACACCACUGAACUGAUCGCAGCUGGUAUGGAGAAGCUUGCCUCAGUUCCAUCAGGUGGUGGCGGUGGUGCUGUUGCAGUUGCUGCCUCUGCUGGCCCAGCUGCUGGUGGUUCUGCCCCAGCUGCCGAGUCCAAGAAGGAGGAGAAAGUGGAAGAGAAGGAAGAGUCUGAUGAUGACAUGGGUUUCAGCUUGUUCGACUAAGUUGCUCUGCCUUCUGGUUGUUGUUGUCCCGUGAAGGCUGUACUACUUUUGUUUUACUUAGUGUUUUAGUUGAGCUUUACAAGUCUUGUAUUUCUGUACUUGGAUAUGUAAUGGUUGCGUCUGAGGCGCAUCCUAGUUUUGGAUUUAUGAAUGAAGAUGUUAUGAAAUU